GAAGAGAGAGUAAAAUUGCUCGUAGCAGCGAGGAAAGGAAUUUACGAAGAUGUCGUUUCCUUGUCUAAGUUGCAAAUUCCUCUGGGGGAUUACGUCCAACCUCCGCCACCAAAUGACGCUUCACCCCAUUUAACCAACCUUCUUGUCCUUAUCCGUUUGCCGAGACAGCAUAAUAGAACGGCCUUCUGGUACAGUUGCCGGAAUGGGAGCCUAAAAAUGGCCAGGAUAAUUUUGAAAAAAGGAAGUAACAUAAAUCAUAAGGAUGCCAACGGAAUAUCUCCCCUUCAUAUUAGUGUCAAAUAUGGCCACCUAAACAUUGCCAAGUUCCUCAUUGAAAAUAAUGCCAACGUGGACAUAACAGAUAAUGAGGGACAGAGCCCCAUCUUUUACGCCAUAAUAAACAAGCACUACGACAUUGUCAAACUUCUGAUAGAAAACGGAGCCGACGUUCAAAUAAAAGACAACAACAAUGCCAGUGUGUUUGACUACGCUGACUUUAGUGGAAAGACGAAGCUCUCCUCCUACAUACUCUACAAGAGCAACGAGAUAAUAGUGAACGAUUCGAAGAGAGCUCUGAAUGGAGAUUCGCCCCACAACGACGCGGACGCGAAAACUUCGUGA